AUGAGCAGGCUUAUUCCCAAGGCCGACCGCAAGAAGAUCCACGAGUACCUCUUCCGUGAGGGUGUGCUCGUGGCCAAGAAGGACUUCAACCUUCCCAAGCAUGGAGAAAUUGACACCAAGAACCUUUACGUCAUCAAGGCUCUUCAGUCUCUAGACUCCCGUGGAUAUGUCAAGACCCGUUUCUCCUGGCAAUACUACUACUACACCCUCACCCCCGAGGGUCUCGACUACCUCCGCGAAUGGCUCCACGUCCCCGCCGAGAUUGUCCCUGCUACUCACAUCAAGCAGCAGCGCUCUCACGCUCCUCCCCGCGGUAUGCUCGGUGGCGAGGAACGCGAGCGCCGCCCCGGUGGCCGUGGUGGUCCUCGUGGUGACCGCGAUGGCGGUUACCGUCGCCGUGAGGAAGGCAAGGAGGGUGGUGCCCCUGGUGAAUUCGCUCCUACUUUCCGUGGUGGAUUCGGCCGUGGGCGCGGUGCUGCUCCUCCCUCUUAA